ACCCGGUCUUCCCUGCUCUUUUCGCUUUAGACCUCCCGCCCGUGACCACACUCCUACUCGGCUCUUAGACGCCUCUGGUGUCUCUAUCCUCCUUUCUUUCUCCUAGGGUUCUUCUAGCUCCGCCCAGAAUCUCGUCGAAACUUCCCCUUCCUGGCGAUGGAGAAUUCCGGGUUUCUCUCGUGCGAGAAGCUCGAUCGCAUGGCGAAUUGGGUGGGGGCGAGCGUCUCCUCGGCAUUCUUCGCCUCCCUGGAGCGCUGCUCCUGCAUCAAUCUCAGCACCACCGACAACGAGGACGAGGCCAAGGCGGAGGACGCCAAGGACCGCCCUCUCAUGCUCCCCAAGCCCAUCGUCCACGACGCCCCCGACGAAGCCGCCAAGCCCGGCCCACAAAACGCCGGUACCGAUAAGCUGCCCCCCGUCUGAAACCCUCGCUGCUACUCUCUUCUGCCGAUCGAAAUCAAUGUAAAUGAUGUUCCGUAGCAAUAUAAGAUUUAGGUGUUGGGUGACAGCUUGAUGCGAGUAUGUAGCGUUAGAUCUAUGUCUAGAUGAAAAUAUGUUUCUUAUUCUGAAUUCUUCCGUCUUAUUAGUUUCUGUGGUGGUCAAGAGCUGCUCCUUUUUUUAUGUUUGAAUUUUUGGAUAGUUGUCAGAUUAGUAGAGUAAAAGAAGUUGUACAUAAUAAUAUAUUCUCCCUUUUGUGAUUGUUUAGACAUAGAUCUGUGUUUGGAUGAUAAA